UUGUUGAUAGAAAUCUAAACAUUGCCAUCAUAAUUAAUUUAAAUUCUGUUUUUAUGUUCUUAUUGUAGUCCUUUAGCGAAACUACUGAGUUCAUCGAUCUUAUUUACUUCUGUUUGGUGCAUGAAUUAAUCAAAGAAAAAAAAUGUAAUAAUGUAUUCUGUUUUGUAUUGAGAUCUUAUUAUUACUUGUGUUUCUAAUGAUUUCAGGUCAUGGAUGUUCCAUUGCCAUUGGAUAAAUUAGCUUUAGAACUGAUUAGUAAUGAACCCUCUUCUGGAAAUACAAGCAAUGGCAAGAUAUAUGUCAUUCUUGUGGCAACGGGAAGCUUCAAUCCACCUACUUUGAUGCAUUUACGCAUGUUUGAGCUUGCAAGAGAUGCAUUGAAUUCCAAAGGCUACUGUGUAAUUGGAGGUUACAUGUCGCCUGUGAAUGAUGCAUACAAGAAAAAGAACUUAAUAUCUGCUGACCGUCGAAUACAAUUAUGUCACUUAGCCUGCAAAAGUUCAGAAUUUGUAAUGGUUGAUCCAUGGGAGGCGAAUCAAAGCUCAUAUCAACGCACUUUAACUGUUCUUUCCAGGGUCCACACUUCUAUUUGUGGGACAGGGUUAGUAUCUAGAGAAUCUCUCAAAGUCAUGCUUGUCUGUGGUUCUGAUCUCCUCCAUUCCUUUAGCGUUCCUGGAGUAUGGGUUCCCGACCAGGUUAAGAGUAUAUGCAGAGAUUAUGGAGUAGUCUGCAUUCGCCGAGAAGGACAAAAUAUUGAGAAGAUUAUAUCUGAUGAUGAAAUUUUAAAUGAGAACCAGGCUAAUAUUGAAAUUGUAGAUGAACUUGUACCAAAUCAAAUCAGCUCAACAAGAGUAAGGGAAUGCAUUGCAAGAGGAUUAUCAAUAAAAUAUCUUACUGCAGAUGAAGUCAUUGGUUAUAUCAGAGAACAUAAGUUAUAUACUUAAACUCAGAUGAUAAAUAAUUUAUCAAUAUUGGAUAUUAGAUGCUUUAUUUGCUAUGCUAGGUACAUAGCUACAUACUGGGUCUGUUUUCAAUAAACAGUUGAUUCAGUGUUGUAAACUUGUAUGUAAAUAAGUAUUCCAUAAUUCACAAGGUAAAUGUAAAAUUUAAGAGAAUAGUUGAAGUUGUAAGCUUUAACAGCUGAAGUUAAGUACAAUCACAGAUUAAGAAUCGAAAUAAUAGGGUUGCUCUUUCCUGUUUA